AUGGCGGCCGCCGCCGAGGGCGCCGAGGAGCAGCAGCUCUUGGCCCGGUCGUGCCCCGAGGACGGACACCGGGCGGCGCCGGAGCCCUGGAAGAGCCCCAGACUUGUGUUGGGCUUCUCGAGCUUCGAGCCGCCGCUCGGCAGCGGUGCGGGCCUCCCGAUGCGGCCGUCCGCCGCGGGGUGCAUGCGCAUGGUCUGGGAGGACCAACAGCAGACCCGCCACGAGCUGCGCUGCAAGCUCCUGGCCUCUCGGCUGAGACGCGCCGCCAGGCCCCACCGCCGCCUCGGGCCCACCGGCAGGGAGGUACUCGAUCAAAGGAGACUGAGGGACUCUGCCAACGCCAAUGACGUGGAUACGGUGCAGGAGCUGCUGAACAAUAGCGUGGAUCCCUGUGCAGCAGACGACAAGGGCCGUACAGCUUUGCACUUUGCCUCUUGCAAUGGCAACGACCAGAUAGUGCAGCUGCUCCUGGACCACGGGGCCGAUCCCAACCAACGAGACGGACUAGGGAACACACCGCUGCACCUGGCGGCCUGCACCAACCAUGUUCCUGUCAUCACCAUCCUGCUGCGAGGAGGUGCCCGUGUGGAUGCCCAGGACCGAGCUGGCCGCACGCCUCUUCACCUGGCCAAGUCCAAGCUGAACAUCCUGCAGGAGUGCAAGUCCCAGUGCCUAGAGGCUGUGCGGCUCGAGGUGAAGCAGAUCAUCCAUAUGUUGAGGGAGUACCUGGAGCGCCUGGGCCGGCACGAGCAGCGGGAACAGCUGGAUGACCUUUGCAACCGCCUCCAGAUGACCAGUACCAAAGAGCAGGUGGACGAGGUGACCGACCUCCUGGCCAGCUUCACAUCUCUCAGCUUGCAAAUGGAGGACAUGGAGAAGAGGUAG